AACGGUUGGUUCGCUCGUACGGAUUAGAGUCUAUUCUUUUAGUUUUAACGUUCGUUUUAAAAUUAACGUGUUUUUUUUGUAGCGUUUAAACGUGUUUUGUUUUUGUGGUAGUUGUAUGCGAUUAUUGUUUUGGGCACGUCUUUAUGCCAAUACGCAUAACUGGUGCAUAAGAUCACAACGACUAGGUUGACUCAGGCGAUCGUAGCUUUGGUUAAUUCCGCGAAACAAUUUGUUUUCUCUAUUACCAUUUUUGUGUGCAAAAUAAUUAAAUGAUUAGAUACAUACAAAGAUAAAGAUUGGCAAAAAGUACACAAUAGCCACAUAAAAAGUGCAAACGACAAAGACAAAUGCUGAUCACGUAUGUAGAACAAACGGAUUACAUACUUGUAAAUACAUGCAACCAAAUCAUAAAGUAUACAAACAACCUGCCACAUUUAUUGUGCAAGUAAUUACAGUAAAUAUUAUCAACUUACCACUCAGUCACUCACAUGUCGACGAUGUCGUUGAUAAACUGCCUAAUGGAGUGAAGAAAGAAGUACUUCUUGUUUUGUUUCGUUUUAAUUUGAUCGGUAUUAUUGUGAAUGUGAAUUGGUUUACGAUAUAAUGACCCAUAUUAAAGUACAAAGUGUUUAAAACAAUUACAGAUUAGAUUAGAGAUAACAAAGAAAUAAACAAACAUGACAAAUAGUGAUAAAUCAACAACGUCUGCUCUAACUCCCAAAACAACUUUGGGAAAACGUGCCGCCAAAAAAUUAUGGAAAUUAUUAACGAUUAAUCCCAAUGCAAAUAGUGCCACUACCAACAACAUCUCUGCAAGUCCCAACUUAUUUGAAGGUGGCUCGAAGCCAUGUCGUGACAUGACAAUGCAAGAAACAUAUCUCAAUGAUAAAGCCUCCACAGUUUCCAACAUUUCUACGAAAUAUUCCACAACCAACUCAACGGUUGAUUCAAAUUCUCAAAAAUCCUCCUCAUGUACACUUAAUGAGGCAGCAAAAUUAUUUCCACGCAAUAUGCCAAGUAUCAGACGCAGUCGCCGACGCUUGCAGCAAAAUGCCACCACACAACGGAGUCGAGAAUCAUCGGCUACCACAGGAGUCUUGAAUACGUCACACAAAAGUGCCUUUGCCAGAGUGGCACCAACUCAAAGUCUUCAGGAUACGUCGGAUGUGCAAGAAAAGUCUAAAAAAUCAUGCAGCAAAACCAAAAUGACACCGAAGAAGCUGAAAGCAAAUUGUUCUAAAAAUCGUCUUAAAUCAGCGGCAACAACAACUGCAAUACUCAGGAGAAAUUCUGGCAAAGCUAGUCAACAGCAAGUGUUGUAUGCCAUGAAAGCUGUAGUCAUACCAGCAACACCAACCAAAUUAAAUUCAAAAACAACAACAUCUUCAUCAUCCAGCAACUCACUUAGUUUUGUUCAACAGCAGCAGCAGCAACAUAAGCAUUCUCGAGAUCUUUCACAACAAUCGAGUCUCAUCAGUUAUGAUUUAAGUUGUGCAACCAGUCAACAAAGUUUACAGCAGGUACAUGUGGCCGCCGACAUCACAUCAAAUGACAAUGUCAAAUACCCAGUUGGUAAAAACAUGUCAGAUGACACAUUUCUAUCAUCUGGCAUUUCGUGUCCCAGUGAAACACACUCCGAAGAUAGUGCCACAAAUUCACCAACAUUUUAUCAAACAUCCAUUACACGCCAGACAAUUGGCAAAGCGUUGCAAAACACAAACGUCAGCAGUGGUCACAACACGAAUUCUAGUGCAGUUUGUUGUAACCACAAUGAAAUGCAUCAUGUUGUUGCUGUUGAUAAACAUAGCAAUAGUAAUAAUAAUAAUAAUAGGUUUGUUAAACAUACAAAUAACAAAGACGUUGAAGGUGAAGAUGAUGAAGAAGAAGACGUUUUAAUUUCAAUGGAACUGGCCAUGAUAACUGGUUGUGGCGAUUGUAAAAGUGAUACAAAUUCUUUCAAAUCUAAUACAUUUAACAAUAACAACACUAAGCCAAAUACAAACCCUGCUAACCCAUUGGCCGUUUUGGAUUUACACAAUUUGAAUAAAUGCCGAAAUCGUAAUGCUGUUUGGAUGCAUGCCACAAACGAUGAUCAUCAGUUGUCCGAUAUUGAGGAGCAAUUACACAAAAUCGAAAUGACAGCUACAACGACAGCAACAUCUAUGGCAACUAUGACCACAACAACAUCGUUAACUACUCAAAAGCCCCAACCAAAGGCAACUGAGUCCCAUGAAAUGGGCCAUAAAACAGUUUCUGCUGUUGAUGCUGUCGCUAAACAAUCGUUUCUAAUAAAUGUAUCAAACACAUUAACAGCAACGGAAUCGUGUGCCACAACCAACAUACUGGCAUCAUCAUUAUCGACAGCAGCAACAGCCGUAACAGCUACAACAACACCAGCCAUAAAUAAAAAAGCUCAUCACGAGUUGUUGGCCGAGGUCAUUAUGCAACAGCCAAGUGAUUAUUAUACACAAACGGAAAGUGAACUUUUACAAUUGGAGGCAGCUGGAGUACAUUUACCAGCCUAUCAAUUACAAGCCGACUCCUUAGCACAACUAACCCAGCAACAACAACUACAGCAGCAACAUCAUCUUCAGCACCAGCAUCCUUCGUCUUCGUCAAAUAAUAACGAUCGUUCAACCCCAACAUCAUCAUCGAAUGCCACACCUACACCCAUUACCACAAGUCACAUUGAUCCAGCGUCAAGUAGCAGUAAUGGUGGCAGCAGUCAUACAGCCACAUCAAUACAUUUUGUGGCUGCACCAUCACAAACCCAACGUCGCCACUGUCAGCCACCCUCAAAUCUACCGCUCAGUUCGAUUACAUCACCCCUGCGUGCCAAUUACAAGACAACAGCGUAUUUACACAGUCAUCAUCAGCAAUUAGAAUUUCAACGUAAUUCACAGUCGGACGAUGACAGUGGUUGUGCAUUGGAAGAGUACACCUGGGUGCCACCGGGUCUAAGACCAGAUCAAGUACGUUUAUAUUUCUCCCAAUUGCCAGACGACAAAGUGCCGUAUGUUAAUAGUCCUGGAGAAAAAUAUCGCAUAAAGCAGUUGUUGCAUCAACUGCCACCACAGGAUAAUGAAGUACGCUAUUGUCACUCCCUAAGUGAUGAGGAACGUAAAGAAUUACGUAUAUUUUCGGCACAACGAAAACGUGAAGCUUUGGGACGUGGUGCAGUACGUCUGGUAUCCGAUGAACGUCCUUGUCAAAAUUGCAACGAACAACUUUCCUCUGGUGACAUUGUGGUCUUUGCUCAACGUCUUGGCGCACAGGUUUGUUGGCAUCCUGCCUGUUUUGUUUGUUGUGUUUGCAAGGAAUUACUGGUGGAUUUAAUAUAUUUCCAUCGUGAUGGCAACCUCUAUUGUGGACGUCAUCAUGCUGAAACCCAAAAGCCACGUUGUUCGGCAUGUGAUGAGAUUAUAUUCUCAGAUGAAUGUACUGAAGCUGAGGGGCGUACUUGGCACAUGAAACAUUUUGCUUGUUUCGAAUGUGAUCUUCAGUUGGGCGGUCAAAGGUAUAUAAUGCGCGAAGGCAAACCUUAUUGCUUGAGUUGUUUCGACACAAUGUUUGCCGAAUAUUGUGACUAUUGUGGCGAUGCUAUAGGCGUGGAUCAAGGCCAAAUGUCUCAUGAUGGUCAACAUUGGCAUGCAACCGAUCAAUGUUUUUCGUGCUGUACUUGUCGUUGCUCACUGUUGGGUAGACCUUUCUUACCUCGUCGUGGCACUAUUUACUGUUCAAUAGCAUGCAGUAAAGGCGAACCACCAACACCUUCGGAUACCAGUUCUGGACCUCAGCUAAGACCAACACAUCGUGCCAGCACUACAAGUCAAAUAGCCCGUUCACCAAGACCAGGCAAAGCAACAAAUAACAAAGAUCGUCAUGGUCACAAAAGUUCAGGCAGUGCUGGAGAUUUGCUAGAAAGACAAGAACGUCAAAGAAGAGAAGAUUUGGGUCGUUUAAUGUUGGCCCGUAAUCUCGACAAUGUGGUUGCCCCGGGAAUACCACGACCAGCCCAUCCACCUCCUAUAGAUUUAACCGAAUUGGGCAUUAGCCUAGACAAUAUUUGUUCUGGAGAUAAAACAAUAUUUGGGGAUCCCAAUAUCACAGCCUCACUACCCGAUAUGCUGGUAUCCAAAGCUGAAGAUUCUCAUAGUUAUCAAAGUAUAGAUAAAAUUAAUAUUAACUCUCCCAGCAACUCGGACAUGACUGAAAGUACCCAAGAGAUAACAAAUGAAUUGGAGCUGGACCAGGAAAACGAUAAUGAGGGUCACGAUGAAUUGCCACAUGAUAACUAUGAACGCAUCAAAAACGAUGUCGACGAUGAUGAAGACGACGAUGAUGAGGAGGGUGAAGAUGAGGAAAACAAUCGUCAUCCCACCAAAGAAGUAAGAUUUCACAGUAUUCACGAUACCAUGUCACGUUCCAAAAGUUAUACAGACAAUUCGAAUGCACGUCGUCGACGACGCAAACGCAAUCAGUCACGCAGCAAUUCGGAAAUGCAAAUCAAUCAAACCAAUCUAAGACUGCACAAUGCUCAAACUCAAGCCGGUUCAAGUGCUGUGAAAAAUUUGGACAAUUGUGAUGCGGCCAGCAUUUGCUCUACGUGUUCGUCCAGUUCAUCGAGUGAUAUGGAUGAUUAUGUCUAUCGUCUGCCAGCACGCAAACAUUAUGGUGGAGUGCGUGUUUCUUAUGUUCCCAACGAUGCCAUUGCGUAUGAGAAAAAACUUAAGAAACAAGCAAUGAUGGAACAAGCCAACAAUGCCAUGAAUAGCUAUGGUACCGGUCAAUCAAUGCUAAAUAGUAAUCAUUCAUCAUCGGUGGCAGCUUCUUCUAUAGCGGCCAAUUCAGCUUCAACAACAACCACAACAUCAGCAAUUGCUGGUGAUGGCAAGAAUUGUACAAUUUCAUGACAACCUCCAAUAUUGCCACCACCACCGCUCAAUUUGAGUAGUUAUUAUAUACUAGACACCAUAAUGGAAGAGGACAGAUAUGUGGCCAUAGAAAAGAAACCCGGUUGUUUUAGACGUUUUUGGAAUCUCUUUAGUUCGGGCAGAAAUAAACAGACAAAUAAAUAUUUGCAAAAUGUUUAGGGAUUUAAAAAAGGUGUAGAAGAUAUGAAAGUUUUGAAAGUUGUACUGCACAAACCAGGAAAAUUCAAUUUAAUCUUAAAUUUAGUUUUAAACUAAAGUUAUUUUUGAUUAUAAUAUAAAUUGCAUUUUAUAGUAACGAGAAAAUUAGGGUUUUACGGAAAUUCUGUUUUAUUUUACGAACAUUUCCUCUAAAACAUAAAACUUUUAUAAAUAAGGAAUACUUUAUAAAAUAUGUUUAUGGCAAUUUUAAUAAUCCGAGAAAACUUGUUCCAGAAUUUUCGACAUCUAGCUAUAUAAAGGUUCUGUUGUUUAAUGAUUAGAACAAACUUCAAAUAUUUUGUGAGUUAAACUAUUUCAUAUCAUCUUUGAAACAAUAUUUACUCCAUUAACCGUUAAAGUCCUGCCAAUAUAUUAAGACAAAACUAUUUAUAAAAAGAAAUUGUAAAAAUAAAUUUGUAAAUAUUGACAAAUAUAUUAUUGUGAAACACAUAUGAAAAGAAACUUCCAUAUCGCAUUUAACUGUAAAACUUAAUUAUUUUUAAUUUUAUCUAUAAAAAUACUUUACAAAAUAAAAAACCCCCAAGAAAACUACAAAAUUAUAUUAUGAAACUUGUACAAAAAUAUUGGUAAAAUUACUUAAAAAAUUUAUAAUUAAACAAAAAUUAAUAACCACACGAUUUAAUAAUGUUUUGACUAGACAGUAGCAGAACUAAUAUCGUAAUAAUUAUACAAUAUUUAACAGCAAAACAAUUUUAAACAAAGAAAUUUCUGAAACAACGAUGAACAAUAAUAAUAAUCAAAACUAUUAAAUAAAUUUGCAAAACUACAAAAAAAAACCCCUUAAAUAAUACAAUAGAAAGUUGAGACAACGAAAUUUUAUUUCUUGUGGCCA